CCAUUACGCGGCCAUGUCACCCGUGUUUCUGUAACGUCCCUCCUUCAUGUGGCUUCUGCGGCUUUCUCAAACAAAUACUCACGCUCAUGCGCGGGGGGCGGGGCCUAGCGAGAGAGUUUCACUUUCGUUUCAGGGAAAUAGUCGACGAGGGGUAUAAAAUUCAGGAGGAGCGUUCACUGCGGCAGACACGCAAACACGCACACGCCCACUCGCUCACUCUAGCGCGUGCACACACGCAUGAGAGUCGCUCCAGACCUCGCGCUCCGUGACGGAUUUACCUUACGGGACAGCAGCUCUCUGGGGAGUGCAGACUAACGGAUCGUUAAACAGCCGCCGGUGUUAGAGCAAAACGGAUGUCAGUGUGGUGGUUAGAGAUGGGAGAGGGUCAGGGGCUGCUCUCCCCUGUAGGAUGGUAGCCGACAGCGCAGUGGAAGGCCAUGACAAGACUCAUUUGUCGAGCUCACCGUCGCCAUCGUCGUCGCUGCUCUCCAGGCAGCUCGCUCUCAGCCCUCACCGCACCGAGUCGGCGCGGCUUCAGCGCCGGGCCGCCCUGAGGUCGGCGUUCGUCCCCUCGGUGUAUCUGACCCACUUCCCCACCUUCUCCUGCAAGGAGGACUACAAGAUCAUCACGGACACAGCGUCCAAGCUCGAGCACAGCGCCUUCUACUGGGGCCCUCUGGGAGUGGAGGAGGCCCACCGCAUGCUGCGGGACGCCCCGCUGGGCAGCUACCUCAUUCGCGACAGCCGGCAGAAGGACGUCUUCUUCACGCUGUCCUACCACGGCAAGGGCGGGCCGGUCAGCGUGCGCAUCGACUACAAGCGCCAAAAGUUCUCGCUGGCGGGCAACGAGCGCUCCUUCCUGACGCUCUUCGCACUCUUGGAGCACUACGCCAACUCGCCCAAGAAGAGCCUGAGCGUCCCGUACAGGAAAUGGGAGCCGACGCUGCAGGAGCUGUGCAGGAAGCGCAUCAUGAAGCUGUGCGGUGGAGGAAGCCGGGUGCCAGAGCUGCCGCUCACCCACGUUGUGCAAGACUUCCUGUUGGAGUUCCCUUUCACUAUGACCGGCUUGCCAUGCAAAGUUCUGAUUGUGUUAUUUAUCGUUUCAAGAGGGCAGUUCUUACAGAGGAGACGGGAAGAGCGUCUGUCGGAGGUUCAGACCGCACCGCCGUGGUCGCACAUGAACGCGUCUCCCGGUGUAACGCCGCCCAAAGUCAGCCAAACGUAUCGUAAAGGACAAGUGCAGGCGGGCGGCGGGCGGACGGGGCGCCGGACCUCCAGGGACUCGACUUGCACGCGGACAGAGCGCCUUCUGGUCUCGAGGACGCACGGGAAGUUGGAAGAGGCUGCAUUAAUUAGAGAAAUGGACACGCGCGUCGGCGGCAUCCCGGCGGCCGCUCGCCCGGAGGCCGUCGGGUCCGUCUCGUGGCCCCCGGCACACUUAAAAGCGGAUUGCGGGAGGAGGCUGAGAGCGUGGACUUGUUGGAGGAGGCUGAGGCCGUGGCCACCAGUAGGACUGACCUUUUCGUAGCAGACUUUUAAUACUCUAACGCUGUUAAAUGUUUACACAUGAAUGUUUGCUAGUGCCGAUUGGCUCAAAUACCACUCGAGGCCUUUUUUUCAUGGCAGGCGACCUUUUGCAGAAGGGCGUCAGGCGGUAUUUGGCGUCACGAGGUCUGGUGUUUAAUUGUACUGUAUGUAGAGGCUCAUCGCCCCUCACUCCUACACUCUUCCAGGCAGAUACUGAGUAUGUCUCGAAUGAAUCAGAUCUACAAGAAUAUAUAUAUAUUUUUUUAUUUCCUAUUGUAUUUGAAAUAAAACUUUAUUUAAACUAA